AUGCCCAUCCGCAAAGCAAACGACCUCCCCGCCAUCCACCGCUACAUAACCACACACAGCACCGAAGGCGAAGCCGUCUUCGUCUCCCACUCCCAGCUCCCAGAGUACAUCCCUUCACACAAAGCCGGAGAGGACGGCGAGAUCUCUCUCCUCUACGCGACGGUCAACACGCCCGUCAGCGUCGAGGAUGAGCUAGACAUCGCGGCAUACGACGAUUUCCUCCACGUCUCCCCGGGCCUGACGACGCAGCAGGGCACGGUGCUGAGGAUGAUCGAUCUCAAGCCCGGGAAGAUCACGCCCAUGCAUCGCACCGUGAGCUUUGACUACGGGGUUGUGCUGGAGGGAGAGGUCGAUUUGAUUCUCGAUUCGGGGCAGACGCGCAUCCUUCAUAGGGGGGAUGUCAGUGUGCAGAGGGGCACGGCGCAUUCGUUUCGCAAUCGCAGCGACUCGCAGUGGUGUCGGUUGAUGUUUGUCUAUAUGCCAUUGCAGAAGAUUGAGAUCAAGGGGAAGCAGUUGGAGGCGGAGGAGUAUGAGGAGAAGUAUGACCAGGAGGACGGGGAGAAGGGCGAAGGAGACGAGGACAAGAAUAAAGGAAAUGGGAACGGAAACAGAAAGAAGAAAUAA